AUGACGCGAAGGGCGUCCAAUCUGCUCGCGCGUGCUCCCGAGCUGCAGAUCAACAUCAGCGCAGAGGACGGCGAAACGUAUGGCGUUGCUGACGGCGAGUGGAUAAGCCUGAAGUCCAGGCGUGGGGUGUUAGAGGGCAGGGUGCUCUACACCGAAAAAAUGCGGGCAGGGGAGGUGUUCGUGCCUUUCGUCAAGCUGCAAGAGCACGCUGCGAAUUUCCUGACCAGCGACGCUCUCGACCCGUUCUCAGGCAUACCGGAGUACAAAGUCUGUGCAGUCCGCAUUGAGAAGGUAGGAGAGCCAGUUCACUCAGCGGAUUGA